AUGAAAAGUGCUAUAACACUUGUAAGAAUAAUCACUAUUGAUAUAGCUUAAUAAAUGGAAUUUGUCAAAAAGGUAAAUACACAACUUUGCUGAUAUUUAAGAUGGGAUUGUGUUUGCUUAAUUAUUAGAUGAUUAGUACAUAUUUGUUAAAGAUUUCUAGUUUAGGAACUGAUAUUCGAAGAGUAUUAUGGAAUCAAAUAAUAAAAAAUAUAUAAUUAGCAAGGAAAAAAUGUAAACUUGAAAUUAGAAAUUUUGAUGAUGAAAUAAAACACUCUGAAAUUAAUUUAGAUUGGGUUAAAUUCAUGUCUUAUUUUAUUGAUACUUUACUUAGAGUAAAUUCUUAAGAAUUAGUGGAGAUGAUGUAAUAAUUACUAACACAAUAAUAAUAAGAAAUUAUGGGAUUUUUAGAUAAUUAAACUGAAGAUAUUGGAAGUUUUCAAGAUUAUGGAUAAAUUGAACAUUAAACAACAAAUACAAUAAUUUCAUUGGAAGAAAAUUUGAAUACAAAAGACAUGAUAAUUGGAUAAUAAAAUAAAUAAAUUGAAACAAUUAAAACUGAAUAUCAAAAUAAAUUUUUUGAUUAACAAAAUAAAAUUAUAGAAUUAAAUGAAUUAUAUGAUCAACUUUUUGAAUCAUAAGCAUUCUUUUUUUAAAAAGUUAAUUGUUGUGAAUUUGAAGAGGUAUAUUAAAAAUUUUAUGAUUAUAUCAAAGAAAUUGAAAAUAACAAAUAAUUAAUUGAAGAUUUAAAUAAUUUAAUUUAAAUUCAAUAAAAGGAGAUAGCAAAAUUGUAAUAAAAGAACUAAACUCUGAAAUCAUAAUUAUUGUCUUGUCCAUAAACAGCAAGAUCAAUUGAACCAGAACAAUAAUAAAUAAUAAUAAAAGAUCCAUUGGAAUAGAGAACAAUAGAAAAAUUAAAAGUUUAAAUUCAAGGAAUAAAGGAAGAGCACUAAAGAAUUUUAGGAUUGAAACAAACAUAUUAUGAAUCAGAAUAAACAAAAUUAAAAAGAAAACUUUAUGAAGCUUAAUAAGAAGCAAAUUCUUUUAGAAAGAAAAUGGAGAAAUUUAAAUUUGAAUUAGAAGAAUAUUAAAAUAUGAAUUAAUAUGAAAGGAAAUUACCAUUUGAGAGUUUAAGACAUUAAGGAGUUUAUUCUUCUAACAAUAGUUAUAUAUUUGAGGUUGAUUAAAGAUAUGGAUAAUCACCAAAAUCUACAUGUCUUGAUAUUUUCUAAUCAUAAAAUAAAUCUGAAAUAGAUCAUGGUAUGUCUUAAAAUAAUUAAUCUCUAAAAUAUACAGAUGAAACGAAUGUAACAAAAUUAUAGAUAUAAUUAAAUGAGAAAUCGAAUAAGAUAACUUAAUUGGAGAGAUAAUUAAGUUUUUUUUAAUAAAGUUCUCAUUCAAGAAGAAAUUCUAUGGCAAAAUUCAAUUAAUCUUAAUAAGAAAAGACUUUUGAUUAAUCUGCUAUUUUAGAAGUAACUAUAUUUUAUAUUUUAUUUUUUAGCAUUUAAGAUAUUAUGUGUAGUAUUCAUAAUAAAAAGAUCAAGAAAAUAAUGAUAUAAGAGAAUAACAGAAUUAAAAUUUUAUAGAUUUGAGUAAAUAAAUAAUAAAAUAAAAUGAGUAAAUUUAAAAAUUAAAUUCAUUAAUUUUUAAUAAUAAAAGUAUUGAUGAAAUGCAAGAGAUUAAAGAGAAGCAUUAAAAUGAUUUAGAAUCAUUGAAUUAGUAUUAUGUUGAUGCAUUAAAUAAUAAAGAUGAAUUGCUUAAUUUAAUGAUAUCACUAUUUUAUGAAAAUGCAUAAGUAAAAUGA